UCCAUUCUCGACUGACUCUCGACGGACGGACGCUCGAGAGAUAAGGUGUGGUCUCCGACGAGCGGAAAACGAGAGCGGAAUCGGGAAAACGAACAGAAAGAGAGAGAGAGAGAGAGAAAGGAUCAAAACUUUUCUAACCUACUUGCGUCCUCCUCCUCUUCAAAAAAACUUCCAAGAACUCCGCCGCGGGAUCUUCUGGACCUCGGAUUUUUCUGAGAAGAACUCGCGAGGCCAUCCAUUCGAGAUACGCUCUGAAGUUAGGAGCGAGGAUGUUCUAUCCGUGACGUCACCUGUCAAUGACAGGUGACAGGUGACAGUUCGGCGAGAGUGACAGCUCGCGCGGGAUGCAUUUUUUCCACGGCGAGCGUAAACAUUCCACGACGACCGUGCGUAAUUGAACGCGUCGUCUCGAUUCACGAGGAGAUCGAUAACCGGGACGAGCUGGCGGCGGCGUCGACGGCGGCGGCGGUGACAGUUGGUUGCGGUGGGGGUAGAGCGUCGGCGGCGGAGAGGGAAGCGGUUCCUCUGAGCGAGAAGGAGAAGGAGGCGGAGUAGACUCACUCAUACACGCGCGCGCGGAUGUACAGGACGUGUAGUGUAGUGUGUCGCAGGAAAUGAUGGCAACGCGUGAGAAACUCGUCGGAGCGCGCCGUCGACGGAUGAGGCCAUCAUCGACUUCAAAGUGCCAUUCUCGUCGUAUCCAGUAAAGUAUUUGUAAUCGUACAUAGUAGACGCGCUCCGCUAUUAAAAGGGAGAGCGUGUUAUAUACCUUUACUACGGGUUAUACACAUAGAGGUAUAAGUGCGCGCGCGCGCGCGCGCGCCUUCGGUGUGCGUUUUUUUUAUGUACAUUCAUCGGACUUCCGAGGACGACUCGCGGCUGACGACUUCUUCCUCGGACUUCCCGAUGGACGGGCGACGACGCGGCUCUGACGCUGGGUGGGUUAGUACCGUAGGAUCGAUGUGUCGGUACCUAGAGGAAGCUUCCUGGGUGACGAGCGAGGAUCGUCGUCGGAGCGAACGUCGUGGUAGAACGAUGACGCCCUGACGAUACACCGUCGCGUAUCGAGUGCAGUGUCGAGAAAUGAGAGAACUUGGACUUUGCCGUAGAGGCUCGAGAAUAUCUUUGUGAGAUUCUCAGUGAUUGCAGGGAGAGAGAGAGAGAGACCACUUGAGUGUGUUUGGAAACUCGCUCUUGUGGACGUCAAUUUUGUCCGCUUUGAGAGAAUAAAAGACUACGGAGAAGGCUACCAAGAUGCCUGGCAACGGUGGGCUGAUGGAGGAGGAUCUUCUGGGUCCGGAAGGCUUGUUCAGAGAGCUCAGGUCGCAGAAUGGUCCCAACAAGCUUCUUAUCCUAGACUGCAGAGCACACUCUGACUUCUCCGAUGCUCAUAUAAGAGGCUCUGUACCUCUGGCCAUACCCAGCAUCAUGUUGCGAAGACUGGCUGCUGGUAAAGUGGACCUCUUGUCCACGAUAAGGUGCUUAGACCUGAGAAACAGAGUGGAGGUGUUUCUGUGCGGAGAUGAGAACAGUAGAGGAACAUUUGUACUGAUCGGUGACUCUACAGACCCUGCGGGCCAUCAGGGUGAAACAAUACAAGUUUUGAGCCGGAGACUUAAAAGCAGUGGUGGCAAUGUUGCCAUCUUAAUUGAUGGUUUUGGAGCAUUCAGAGAUAGAUAUCCAGAAUGGUGUGAAGGAAGUCAAGCUAAUAAUGAGUGUGUCCCAGGUCAGGACAAUAAUGAUGGCGAAUUAAUGGGCCUUAGAUCUCUUCGGAUAUCCACUCCGCCGACUAGGUCCUAUUCGGAUUCGGACAGUGACAGUACAUGCGAUUCAGUUGGUCCCGAGGAAGAUAAAGAUUUUCCCGUGGAAAUUUUACCUCAUUUGUAUCUCGGUAACGCGGCUAAUAGCGAGGAUCGCGAAGCUUUAGCGCGACACAGGAUACAGUACAUACUCAAUGUGACACCGGAUUUGCCAAAUGUGUUUGAAAGCGCUGGUUCAAUUAAGUACAUGCAGAUACCAAUAAGUGAUCAUUGGAGUCAGAACUUGGCUAGUUUCUUUCCGCAAGCGAUUCAGUUCAUAGAAGAAGCACGGAACUCGGACAAGGGAGUGCUGGUUCAUUGUUUGGCCGGAGUAUCGCGGUCUGUCACGAUCACCGUGGCUUAUCUCAUGCACAAGUGCAGUCUUAGCCUGAACGACGCUUUCAACUUAGUACGUAGCAGAAAGUCCAACGUCGCACCGAAUUUUCACUUUAUGGAACAGUUGCACAGCUUUGAGAGGGAAUUGAGGGAUCGAGGUGGGGAUCGGCAGAACAACAAGAACAACAAUCAGAGGUGCAUCGGAGCGUGUCGGCCCGAUGGGCCCUGCAAUUGUCCCGCGCCCAGCUUCCUGAGUCCCAUCGAUCUGGGCCUCAGUCCCGAUUCGGGAAUCGAGUUUGACAGAUGGGCGGCGAGCACUCCGGCCGAAUGAGACGGGCCUGGGGGGACCCAAUACAAGUUUUAGGUCCCUCCGUCACACGCGUCUUCUACGAGGAAUAAUCCUGAUUGAAGGGUGAUUACGAUAACGCGCUUUAUCAUUCUGAUACGUGAGAGACGAGCAUCGAAGAACCCGAUUCCCUACUCCCGGUAUAUCUCCAGAUAGAAUAGGAUGUUAGACACACGUUCGGCGAAUGCCAAGAUGUAUGUAGCUUUUAGAGGCAUCCAAAGUUAGUUACUACGCGCCGGCACUUUUCUUCUUUCUAAUUUCUCGUUUCUUCCCGAGCCUCUCAUUCCUGGCGUAUACUUGAUUCAUGAAAAUAAAAUUAAUUUAAAUUCACAUCCCUAACAGCAUACAUAUCCCGAAGAAGUUCAAAAGAUGUUUCGAAUGUCCUCUAGAUAUCCUCUGAAUAUCUUUCGGAUAUGUUGUGCUAUUAGGGAUGUUAUAAGUUGAAUUCUAAAAGAAUCAAAGAGCUUUUAAGAAUACGCACGUCGCAGCACUCUUUCAAUACUCAUCGUAACUUUAUACUCUGCAAUAGAUCAGAAAUUUGUAAAAUAAUUUUUUUUUAAUUGAGCUUUAAUACUAUUACACGAUCAUAACUGUUUAAUGUAGUGAAACAAAAUAUGCUGUUAAAUUCUCGACAAAAUUUUAAAAUAUGGAAUGAGAGGAUUAUAAAUAUGAAAGAAAGAAAAUAUAUAUUAAAGAAAAAUUUUCUCUUUGUUAGGCAAUUAGCUCUUUCAGCGUACACGUUGAAUAAUAAUGCGCUGCAAAGUAUACCUGCAGCGACGAAGCUUGUCUAUCUUGUUGAAAUUUUCGAUUACGAAGAUUUGGCACGUUACGUUACGCCGUCGAAUCACGAUAAUACGAUACGGUCGUGUUGUGACUUAUGGGGAGAUUAAACGAUAUGAUACCCACUUUUCAUGCCCAAAUGUGUAAAAGAAGAAGAAAAAGUUUACGAUUCUCCUUUCUAACUUGUCGUGGCAGCAAUGGACACUGAAAGUAUUUUAUAAACGAGAUUCCGUAAUUUCUCAUCGUGCAACAGUUGCGUCGUAAUCAUAAUUGUACAAUUCUGACGUUAUGCUUCCAAGUUUCGAGAAACCCUUAACGUGUACGAUUGUAAACGCUGUGCGAGAUAUAUCAGAAUUAUAUCAGGCACUGUACAUUCACGAGAUGUGACGUAACACGUAUCUCGAGAAAGAGAGAAUGAAGAACGUGCGUAUGUGUGUGAGAGAGAGAGAGA